AUGGCGAAACUCUACUCUCUUUUAUUCUUCACUAGCGCUAUAACCGUCGUAUUCUCUACCACCAUCUCCGACAUUAAAGGAAAUGCUUGGCUCAGUCCGUUCGCGAACAAAGCUGUCCAGAAUGUCACUGGGUUGGUGACAGCCAAGGGAACAACUGGCUUCUGGAUUGCCGGGGAGAAAUCCAAGGACGUUCGCGUCUCAAAUGGGUUAAUGGUCUACUCCUCAGCUAAAGCGGUUCUUGGCGCCGUCAACGUCGGGGAUUACAUUUCAUUAAGCGGAAACAUUACUGAAUACCGUUCAUCCGCCUAUCCCGACUACUUCCACUUGACCGAACUCGAAUACCCUACAAAUAUCAUCGUUCUUUCCUCCAACAACACUGUGACCCCGGUUGUCCUCGGCAAGGACCGAAGCCCCCCUACUCAAAAAUUCUCUGCCCUCGACAAAGGGCACGACGGCUUUUUAUCAGUUCCCAACAACUCCAGCCGCAUCAACACGGUUAAUGCUGCCCUGCAGCCAGACAACUACGGCUUGGACUUCUGGCAGAGUCUUGAAGGCCAACUCGUCACAAUUCCCAAACCAACGGCCGUCGCAUUCACGACCUCUUACGGCGAGUUCUGGGCUGUCGGAAACUGGAAAAAGACUGGCGUAAACAGUCGCGGAGGCAUCACUCUCAACUUCGGUCAGGACGGGGUUCCCGAUGGCAACCCUGAGGCAAUUUUCAUUGGCUCGCCACUUGACAAGACCAAAAACCCGCAAACUGCCGUUGGUGUUGGCUUGACCGACAUCACAGGUGUUGUGACAUACCAAUACGGGUAUUACUACGUGCUCCCGCUCACUGCGCCUCAAAUUAUCUCGACCCCAAGUGCUAACAUCCCCGCCACUACGUUGACAUCGUCGACACGCGAUUUGUGCACUGUCACAUUCGGAGAUUACAAUGUUCAAAAUAUGCCACCAACUGGCGCCCAUUUGCCCGCAGUCGCAGCACACAUUGUCAACUACCUGAAGACCCCCGAUAUCAUGUUCAUUCAGGAAGUCCAAGACAACUCUGGCGCAAAAGAUGAUGGUGUUGUUGACGCCAACGUCACCCUUACCAAUCUUGUAAACUCCAUCGCGUCCCUCAGCAACGUUACCUACAAGUUUGCAUCCAUCAACCCCAUCGACGGCCAAGACGGUGGUGUUCCAGGUGGAAAUAUCCGGGUUGCUUACUUGUAUCGCCCAGAGAAACUCGAACUCGUCGGAGGGUCGCCAGCUGGAGGUUCACUCGACAAAACUGUUGUGCAAGGAACCCUCUUCAACCCUAAACUCAACUUCAAUCCAGGCCGCAUUGACCCAACCAAUACGGCGUGGAACUCGAGCCGUAAGCCUCUUGUAGCGCACUGGGCAGUCGGUCCUUUGAAGAGUUCCCUGUUCACCGUCAACGUUCACCUCGCCUCCAAGGGUGGAAGCACCACUACUAACGGAGACGCACGACCACCUGUCAACUCUCCCAUCCAGGCGCGAACCAACCAAAUUUCUACCAUUGCUACUUUCAUUAAAUCCCUCCUCCAAAAAAACCCCUUGGCCAACAUCGUCAUUGCUGGAGACUUCAACGAGUUUAUUCAGACCCGCUCUGUAUACAAGCCCUUCACCCCUAUACUCUCCGACAUUGACGACGCUGCCGGCAUCCCUGAGUUGGAGCGUUACUCCUACGUCUAUGACCAGAACUCGGAGCAGCUCGACCACGCUUUCAUCUCCCUUGCCCUAAGGCUCAAGAAGGUCGAAUUCGAACACAUCCAUGCGAAUACUUGGGCCCCUAAUUCGAAAUCGCAAGUUAGCGAUCAUGAUCCCUCAGUUGGCAGGAUUAGGGUCUGUUAA